UGUAUAACACCCGGAGGACCGCGUGGCUGCCAGCGGCCGCGCGGAACCACGCUGCUCUCGCUGUCGGCCCGCGUAGUCCUAAGGAUGCGGCGGCGGCAAGGGAAGCGAAAGGCCGAGGCCGCGGAGGUGCCACGCGUGUCUCGGAGGAGGACGGAGGAAGAGGAGGCGGUGCAGGAGGCCCGGCGGAGGGCGGCCCCCUCCGUGCGAGAGUUCAAGUUCAACAAAAAGCGAGUGCGCCUCAUCUCGCAGGGCUCGGAUCUGAAGGAUGAUGCUCGGUGCAUCCUCUACUGGAUGUCCCGGGACCAGCGGCUGCAAGAUAACUGGGCUUUCCUCUAUGCCCAGCGCCUGGCCCUCAAACAGGAGCUGCCUCUGCAUGUCUGCUUCUGCUUGGUGCCCAAAUUCCUGGAGGCCACCAUCCGCCACUACGGUUUCAUGCUAAGGGGCCUGCAGGAGGUGGCUGAGGAGUGCACAGACCUGAACAUUGCCUUCCAUUUGCUGCGGGGCUACGCCAAGGACGUGCUGCCCACAUUUGUGCUGGAGCAUGGUGUUGGUGGGCUGGUGACGGACUUCAGCCCCCUCCGCCUCCCCCGGCAGUGGGUGCAGGACGUCAGGGAGCGGUUGCCAGAGGAUGUGCCGUUUGCACAGGUUGAUGCUCACAACAUUGUGCCCUGCUGGGUUGCCUCCACCAAACAGGAGUACAGAGCCAGGACCAUCCGGGGAAAGAUCCAUGCUCAGCUCCCCGAGUUCCUCACCGAGUUCCCCCCUGUUAUUCGUCACCCAUAUCCCCCCUCCUGCCCAGCAGAGCCCAUUGCUUGGAAGGCCUGUUAUUCCAGCUUGGAGGUGGACCGUACGGUGAAGGAGGUGGAGUGGGCAACCCCCGGCACGGCUGCGGGGCUGGCUGUGCUGCAGUCCUUCAUCACAGAGCGACUGAAAUCCUUCGUCUCCCACCGGAAUGACCCUAACAAGGCGGCGCUCAGCAACCUGUCCCCAUGGUUCCACUUUGGCCAGGUUUCCACCCAACGAGCCAUCCUGGAGGUGCAGAAGCACCGGUGCAAGUACAAGGAGUCAGUAGACGCAUUUGUGGAGGAGGCUGUGGUACGGCGGGAGCUGGCUGAGAACUUUUGCUACUACAAUGAGAACUAUGACAGCGUGCAAGGUGCCUAUGGCUGGGCACAAACCACCCUGAAGCUCCACGCGAAAGACAAGAGGCCUUUUCUCUACAAGCUGCAGGAGCUAGAGCAGGGGACCACGCAUGACCCACUCUGGAAUGCUGCCCAGCUCCAAAUGGUCCGGGAGGGCAAGAUGCAUGGCUUCCUGCGGAUGUACUGGGCCAAAAAGAUCCUGGAGUGGACCCGCGCCCCCGAGGAGGCCCUGCAGUUUGCCAUCUACCUCAACGAUCGCUACGAGCUGGAUGGGAGAGACCCCAACGGAUAUGUAGGCUGCCUCUGGUCCAUCUGCGGCAUGCAUGACCACGGCUGGAAAGAGCGGGCUGUCUUCGGGAAGAUCCGCUACAUGAACUACGCCGGCUGCAAGCGCAAGUUCGACGUGGGGCAGUUCGAGCGUCGCUAUGCCCCCUGCGCGAUCUCCCAGUGACAGGCACAGCAGCCUCCAGGCUGCUCGUGCCCCUCUGCACUAGGGGCAGAUGUGCCUGUGCCAAGGUACAAGCUCACGCCUUACACCCAGCCCGGGACUGCCAUGGGUGCUGUUGGAGGGCUCACUGUGACAGCAGCAAGCCCCAGGGUUUGCUGCGCUGGGGCUGUCCAGAGCCCUGCUGCUGCCACAUCCUCAGUGUACCUGUGCCUGCCCGAAACCCCUUCUACAACCACUGUGGGAGUAGGCCCAAGUCGCUGUUGCUGUUGCUAGUCACAGCUUAGAUUUAGGCUGAGCAGGGCUUUUCUGAGGAAAAGCUCUAAGUGGCUCCUCAUGCUGUGCUGCUGCAGGGAAGCCUUGCUUUGCUCCAUGGGGAGCUAGCACUGUGCUUGCACACACAUCCUUCAACAGUUGUUUUAAAGUUUACAGUUUGUGUCUA